ACGUGAUCGGUGGUCCUGGCGCUGGCGCUCGUACCCGGGCUGUCGGGGAGGAGCCGGCAUCGGCGGCGGCGGCGCGGAGGAGUCAGGACCUGCCCGGCGGCCCAGGCAGGUAGAGCGCUGCAGGGCGGAGGUGUGGCCGAGCGGCCGAGCUGGGCCAGUGGGGCUGGGCUUUGCUCGGAGGCUGCGGAGUCCGCGCCCUUCCGAGGGCCGUGCGCACCGGGCGCGUUCGCGACUCUCCGGCGACGCGCACUCCGCGAACCCGCGGCGUCUGUGGUGCGGGAACUUCUCCCCCAGGUAUGCGGCGAGCGGAGGAAAUGGCGUUGCCCUCGGCCUGCCUCUGAGGAACCGCGCCGCCCGCCCGCCCGAACUGGACAGGAGCACCAAGCCCGCAGGAAAAGGCCUGGUUUUGAAAGUUACAGAAGGAUUUGACACUGUGAGUGAUCCAUUUCACUAAUGCAGAGAUGUCAGCUUAUUUAUAAGGAAUCGUCCAAAGCUAUAGUCAUGGUGGAUGUAGGAAAGUGGCCAAUCUUCACCCUGCUCUCACCCCAGGAAACUGGAUCUAUUAGGAAAGCAUGUGUCUUUGGUACCUCAGCCAAUGAAGCGAUCUAUGUCACUGACAAUGAUGAGGUCUUCGUGUUUGGACUGAACUAUAGUAAUUGUCUAGGAACUGGAGAUAACCAGAGCACUCUGGUGCCCAAGAAACUAGAAGCUUUGUGUGGAAAAAAGAUCAAAAGCCUUAGUUACGGGAGUGGCCCCCAUGUCCUCCUCACCACUGAAGAUGGAGUCGUCUAUGCCUGGGGCCAUAAUGGAUACAGCCAGCUGGGGAAUGGGACCACCAACCAAGGCAUUGCUCCUGUCCAAGUCUGUACUAAUCUCUUGAUCAAGCAGGUGGUUGAAGUAGCUUGUGGUUCACAUCAUUCGAUGGCUUUAGCAGCUGAUGGAGAGUUGUUUGCUUGGGGCUAUAACAACUGUGGUCAGGUGGGAUCAGGAUCUACAGCAAACCAGCCAACUCCUCGGAAGGUUACAAACUGCUUACAUACCAAGAGAGUGGUCAGCAUUGCCUGUGGGCAGACCUCAUCCAUGGCUGUUCUGGACAGUGGUGAGGUGUAUGGCUGGGGCUACAAUGGCAAUGGACAGCUGGGCUUGGGAAACAAUGGCAACCAGUUGACCCCAGUGAGAGUGGCAGCUCUGCACGGCAUGUGUGUGAACCAGAUUGUCUGUGGUUACGCACAUACACUAGCACUCACAGAUGAGGGCUUGCUCUAUGCCUGGGGAGCUAACACAUAUGGGCAGCUGGGAACUGGAAGUAAAAAUAACCUGCUGAGCCCAACACAAAUCAUGGUGGAAAAAGAAAGGGUUAUAGAGAUUGCAGCUUGUCACUCUACCCACACAUCUGCUGCCAAGACUCAGGGUGGGCAUGUGUACAUGUGGGGCCAGUGCCGGGGCCAGUCAGUGAUCCUUCCACACCUCACUCACUUCUCCUGCACCGAUGACGUAUUUGCCUGCUUUGGCACCCCGGCUGUCUCAUGGCGCCUCCUGUCUGUAGAGCAUGAAGACUUUUUAACAGUUGCAGAGUCACUGAAGAAAGAAUUUGAUAGUCCAGAAACUGCUGAUCUAAAGUUUCGAAUUGAUGGAAAAUAUAUUCAUGUCCAUAAAGCUGUUUUGAAAAUCAGGUGUGAGCAUUUUCGGUCCAUGUUUCAGUCCUAUUGGAAUGAGGACAUGAAGGAGGUGAUAGAGAUAGACCAAUUUUCUUACCCUGUGUACCGCGCCUUUCUCCAGUACCUCUACACAGACACAGUGGACCUGCCACCUGAGGAUGCUAUAGGCCUUUUGGACUUGGCAACAUCGUACUGUGAGAACAGACUGAAGAGGCUUUGUCAGCACAUCAUCAAGCGAGGAAUUACUGUGGAGAACGCCUUUUCCUUGUUCUCUGCUGCAGUCAGAUACGACGCAGAGGAUUUAGAAGAAUUCUGCUUUAAGUUUUGCAUCAAUCAUUUGACAGAAGUUACCCAGACUGCGGCGUUCUGGCAAAUGGAUGGUCCCCUGCUAAAGGAGUUCAUUGCUAAAGCCAGUAAAUGUGGAGCCUUUAAGAAUUGAAGCCAAGGCUGCCUGGCUAGGUGUGAGAGCUCUGGGGCACUGUGGGUGAGGUGAUUCUUCAGGUAAAAGACCACAUCAGAGACAGUGCUCUGUAGGAAUAUAUGAAGGAUAUUUGCUUCUUGUGAGUCUGUCUUUUACAACUCUUGUUUUAGAUAUGUAUAUUUGACAUGUGUCUUUCUUACAUUUGACUGAACAUUGGGAAAGGAUGAAAGUUUACGUACUUUUGUUCUUUUAAUUUUAAUGAGAAGACUUUUUAAACUUGUAUUAAGAAAGUCAGUAAAAUAUCCCUGGACUUUGGCCACAAGCCUUUCCACAUGUCCUGUGGAGGACAGGCCCUACCCAGUGAUCACUGAGUGCUGCUCACUGUCACCAAACUCCUGUGUGGACAUCAGCACUAUGGCAGUCUCUUAAGGGAUAUUCUUAGUAUGCAUUAAGCCCACUUAAACAGUCAAGAAGGAUUUAGUUUGCUGAGAUGCUCUUAAGGGACAGGCACCUAGGGCUGGAAAGAUGGCUCAGCGGGUAAAGGCUCAAUCCCCAGGAUCCACAUGUGGAAAGAGAGAACCAACAAACAAGCUGUCCUCUUACCGCUACACUGGUACCAUAGCUACACACAAGUACACAAUAAAGGAGAAAGAAUAAGAAAUAAAAUAUUUAGAUAUCUAUAGAGAAGUAACUGGAAAUACCUGUGAGAAGCUGAUGGUUAAGGAGCUUUGCCUGGGAGAGGAGAGUGUUACAGAAAUUAGAGUCCCCCCUGAUUACCAACAGUGCUUCACUAGGGUUGUGUUUCAGAACAGGAUGCACACUGCCCUCGCCCUCUCUCUAUAAUCACUCACAAAUGCAUUCUACAUGGCUGCUCUUUUCUGACUUGAUGUGAUCGUUAAAACCAUCCUUCUUACAAGACUCCAUAGAAUGCUCACUGUUUUUGGUGGUAGGAGGUGUCUGGGCCAAAUUCCAUCAAAACUUAAUUGAAGCUUCACCUUCACCUCUCCAGUUUGGUUUUUCUUUUUUUUCUAUAAUUGCAUUACAAAUACAUUUGUCAUAUGUUAAGUUAGGGCUCCCUAGUCAUGCUUUUCCUGAGAAGGUCAUUUGUAAAAGACCAGAUCAGGGUGGAUGGUGACUGAGGCACCAAAGACAGACAGGCAUGUUGACAGACGAGAUAAAUAGGAACUAGAGCUCAAAGCCCCUCUGCCUGAUCAUGUCCCAGCUGUUGCCUGGUGCCUUGGUAAGUGACAACUGCCUCUUCACGGACAGUUUUCCUGGGCAGGAUGAUGAGUGGACGUUAAUUUGAAUUGCUGUAGUAGAUCAUCUAUAGAACCACACAGUCCUGUAGACUUAGGGCCCCGAAGCAGAAACUUUAGAACAUUUACUGGUGGUCUUACUUGAAAAACAUAGCCACAAAAAAGCACAAAUUACAGCUGCAAAUUCGCACCCAUAGACAGUUCACCUGACAAAACAUGCUGAGUUCCUGGUCCAGCUGAAGACACACUGUUAGCUUGCUGAGCCGCUACAGUGUGUGUGUGUGUGUGUGUGUGUAUGUGUGUGUGUGUGUGUGUGUGUGUGUGUGGUAGGUAGUGAAAGAAAAGUCCUUUAAAAAGGGUUUGCAAUUUUUUUUUAAAUGCAAUCUUUUUAUUUUUCUACUUGGUUUUGGUUAUAAUCAUAGAAGACAAAAAACUAUUCUUGAAAUUAAUGUUUUCUUCUGAUAUAAUAAUGGAAGCCAGAGAAGUCACAUUUCUUAAAAGAGCCCAAAUUGUAUCCUUAAUGUUACUGGAACCAAUUUUUAUACUUCAGUAAUUAGGAUGCAUUUAUGUAAUUUCUUGAAUGACAUGCUAAUAAACAAUCUCUUAAGGCA